UCCGACUUACUUGGAAACCACGCCUCGAGACCUUUUGCCCACAAGGUGGAGAGGUGGUCAUGUUUUUGGGCACCUCGGGCCGCACGCAGCGCACGCGUAUUGUCACUCGCGCGAACGCACUCGAGUGGGCCCCGUCCGAUCUCUACCGCGGGAUCGUCUUUUCCCGGGUGACAUCCAAUAUCCGCGAAAGAGAGAACGCCCUUUUGAAACGACCAAACUUCGUCUACCUGAGGAAGACCUAAUCGUCAGGCUGACCACGUGCACUCUGUGGGUUGUGAGAAGAUGAUUACCAGGUAUCGACGAAAUGAUAUCCUGUUCGUGAUAUUAUAUCUCUUCGUGCAAGUGCCCGAUGAGAUCCACGGUCACGGAAGAUUAAUGGAUCCGCCCUCGCGGAAUGCAAUGUGGAGGUUUGGCUAUCCAAAUCCGGUUAAUUACAACGAUAACGAGCUUUUUUGCGGAGGAUACGCAGUCCACUGGCAGCAAAAUAAAGGCAAAUGCGGAAUUUGCGGCGACGCGUAUCAUUUAAGUGAACCGCGUCCACACGAAGCGGGAGGCGAAUUCGCCAAUGGAAUUAUCACUAGACAUUAUACCGUAGGCGAGGAAAUACAAGUGGAAAUCGAGCUCACGGCCAAUCAUUUUGGAAGAUUCGAAAUGUAUAUUUGCCCUAACGACGAUCCAUCGCGCGAAGCGACUCAAGAGUGUUUCGACUCUUAUCCCUUGUACGUGUCUGGGACGCAAGACGUUCGAUUCGAGAUUCCACGCGAUACGGGGAAAAAGGGCAUAAUCCAAUAUACGGUGACGUUACCGCCGUAUCUGACGUGUUCGCAAUGCGUCGUGCAAUGGAAUUACUAUACCGGCAAUAUGUGGGGAACAUGCGAGAAUGGCACGGAAGCCGUCGGAUGCGGGAGACCGGAAACGUUUCGCAACUGCGCCGACGUGAGGAUCAUCACCAGCACCGGUGGUAUACCGCCGCAGUUUCUGCAUCAAAAUAGUAUUUUCCAACUGUAUUCCCUAGUUUCGAAAUUCACGAGCACCCCGCUAGCUCGGCCACUCAGGGUUCAAGUGUGCGAGCCAACCGUGGCUUAUCGUUACAGGCAAGAUAUGAGCAAUUGGUGUCAAGUGAAUUGCAUACGUAUCCCAUCAAACUGCCCGCCGGGUGUCUGUCGCUGUUUAGACACGUGCGACGCUAUUGGAGAUAUCGCUAACAAACCCGGAGCUGAUCAGUAUUGCCUGAGACGUUGCAUGCGCUAUCCGUCGAAUUGUCCGAUUGAUCGCUGCAACUGUUAUUGAAGCUGUGAGAGCGUGGUAUUGACAUCCCACCGCCAUUAAUAAGUGUGCGAUGUGAAUACGCAUAGAGAUUAAUAAAAGCCCAAUCAUAAUAUUCUAUAUUUCAUAGCUUAGGCACAAUUUCGCGAAAAACAUUUUCCUACGAUACAAUUUUUCUUACCUUUUCGUAGACAUUUUUUUCUGGAAAACUGAAAAGAUUGUUCUUACAAGAGUGUAAUUUAAAAUACAAAAAAAUGACAUGCUUAUUUUGAGAGAGGUAACAGGUGAGUGACAAGAAGCUUCGUAAUGGCACUAUGAUAUUUAAUAUUAGGACAUUCUCUAUUGACAGCUUAAAAUCUUUUUUUUUUUUUACGCGUAUAUCACAUAUUAUAUACGUAACCAUCAACGCAUCUCCGCGAUCUUACGCAUACGAUAUAUUAUUAAUUAGUACGCAACUAUGUUUUAACGAAACGACGGUUUUACCAAUUUUUUUUAUUUUUUAUGCGCUUCCAAUUACCAUAUAAUGUGAACUCAUAAUUAAUUAUGCCAAUUAGAAAACGUAUGCGCUCGUACGUUUUCGUAGCAAUGUACUGUAUAUGUAUAUUUAUAUAUAUUAUAGAGAUCUCACUAUAGUUAACACUUUACAAAACUAUAUACACUAAAGCCUUCUCUCUUUAUCGUUUACAACACUAGCUAUAGUAACAUAUUUUUUCUUUCCUCCUUCCUCUUCAUAUCUCUCUUCAUAUACAACAUAUUCUUUAUAUAUAUUAUACGAAGGUAAGGGAAGGCAAUUAAGAGCCAGCGUGGUAAUUUGUACGCAAAUUUUAUUAUAAUCGAAUUAUAUUAACAUAACAAAGUAGUGAUAGACUUAAUAAUAAAAAACGUACGUUUCGGUCUUUUUGUUUUUGACCAUCCUCAACGCAAUUACAAAAUAAAUAAAGAACAGAAACCGAGCUUUUCAAACAUGAUAUCAGAAAUGAGUCGCAAACAUAAAAUUACAAAAAGUUAUAAAAAGACAAACAAGAGUGAGUCGUACACGCUGUCAAAAGGCAAAUGCCACAUGAAACAAACGCUCGAGAUAGACUGUGUUAAAUUUUUGCAAAUGUAAGAUUACAAAAAAUUACAAUAAACAAGAGUGAGUCGCACAUGUUGUCAAAAGGCAAAUUCCACGAUUUAUUUUGUAAUUGCGAGGAUGAUAAAAAAAAAAAAAA